AUGGAAAGCGUCUCCACUCCUCUACCAGCACCCACUGAUGUUGCGCUCUCAGCACCGACAAGUUCCUUUGAGCAGGAUUCCCUAAGCCAACAGAGAUCUCCCCAUGUCCCCAUGAAGCCCAAUCAAGUUGGCCAAGUCAUUCUGUACGGAGUGCCCAUCGUGUCACUCAUCAUCGAUAACCAGGAGAGGCUGUGUUUGGCUCAGAUCUCCAAUACCCUGCUUAAGAACUACAGCUACAAUGAAAUCCACAACAGGAGGGUGGCUUUGGGAAUCACUUGUGUCCAAUGCACCCCAGUCCAACUGGAGAUCUUGCGCAGGGCUGGGGCCAUGCCAAUAUCAUCGAGGAGAUGUGGGAUGAUAACCAAGAGAGAAGCCGAGAGACUUUGCAAGUCCUUUCUGGGCGAGAACAAGCCUCCAAAGCUCCCUGACAACUUUGCUUUUGAUGUAAGCCAUGAGUGUGCUUGGGGGAGCAGGGGUAGUUUUAUACCCGCCCGUUACAACAGCUCCAGGGCAAAGUGCAUCAAGUGCACGUAUUGCAGUAUGUACUUCUCUCCCAAUAAGUUCAUCUUCCAUUCUCACCGCACGCCAGACGCUAAGUACACUCAACCCGAUGCUGCCAACUUCAAUUCAUGGAGGAGACACCUAAGGUUGACCGACAAGAGUCCUCCACAAGACCUGACCUAUGCCUGGGAAGAUGUGAAGGCGAUGUUUAACGGGGGCAGCCGGAAACGUGCCCUCCCUGGACCCUGCGGCUCCCUGGGUUCAGUGAAGGCAGUGAACAGCGUGAUCAGCCAUAUGAUGGGCCCGGACCUCUCUCAGAAGAGGGCCAGGUUUGCUGAGGAUGAGGAAGAUGGAACCAGCGCCUCCUCUCGGAAAAACAUGCGGAGCUAUCCAGUCAUCCCGGUCCCUAGCAAAGGAUUUGGGAUGCUACAGAAAUUCCCCGCGGCCUCCCUGUUUCCCAAUCCUUACACCUUUCCUGCUUUUGGUCUCUGCCAGAAAAAGGACGAUGGCGACUCUCUUGCUGGUGAGCAAAAGCAAAGUGGACUAUCCGGACUCCUCUGGCCCGGGAGAAAGGACGCCUUCUACCCACCACUCUGCAUGUUCUGGCCACCGAGGGCGGCGAAUGGCAUCCCAGUGCCAACCUACCUCCAGCCCCAGCCCAGUGCCAUCACGUCGGUAGGGGAAACCCCAAAUUUAAGGCAAACUUUCCUGGAUUUGUCUGACCAAAGUGAAGCUGGUGGCCUGGCAACUCCAAGAGACAACUUGUUUGACAGGGACCAUCCAAGCACACCCGAGCACAGGCUGGCCGCUGACGGAAGAGUUAAGCUCUUAGAUGUGUCUGCCUUUACAGCCAGGAAGCAGAGCUACCUCUCGGCCUUCAGGCCCGUCGUUAAAGACAUCGGCAGCAUCGCCAAGCUUCAUGGCAACGUGGAGGAUUUUGGAUCUGAUCGACAUCCCUCCCCGGGUACCAGCUGCAGUUACCAUAGCGACAGCGUGGAGAGUGAGGAAGAACAGGAGGUGGAUGUAGAGACCAACAAGCUCUCAGGCGAUGGGCAGGAAGAGGCAAUCUCUCUCGGGCAGUACACCCAGAACAACCUGCAGCAGGAAGGCAGCGGAUUUAAAGGGAGUAAAGACAAGAUCCAUUUCUGCAGCUCCAAAAUGGAAUCAAACGUGGACAAGACAGAAGGGAAGGAAGAUCCAACCAGUAAUAAGGGGCCCACUCCCUCCGAUCCAGUAUCAUUGGAGCAGCCCGCUUACAAAGACGGUCUUAAAAAUGGAACCAAAAAGCAUUCACUCUAUUCUAAAAAAGAUGAAGAUAGUUUUGUUAUUGAGGCUAAACAACAGGACUGUAUCGCUGAAGAGUCUGACAGCUCGGGAGUGGGGUUCUGGCGGGAACCCGGGGGUGACCAGGCACAAGAAUCAACGUCACCGCUUUCUAUCAAAACUGAUGUGGAAAAUAUGGAGAAGGAAGAACUUCAGAAAGUGUUGUUGGAGCAGAUUGACCUGAGGCGGAGAUUAGAGCAGGAAUUUCAGGCGUUAAAGGGUAACGCUUCUUUCACUGUUGUCAAUAAUUUCCAGGACCAGAUGAAGCGGGAGCUGGCGUACAGGGAGGAGAUGGUUCAGCAAUUACAGAUGCAAUAUUCAAGUUCUGUACUACCAAGCGACUAA